GGGAGCAAGCGGAGGAGGACGAGCCGAGCCACGGAGAGACGCAGUGGGGCCACGGUCCGAGAACAUCGCCGCACCGAUCGACCGAGCGACCGCCGCAUCGGCAUCUCAGCAGCUUCUUCCCUUUUCCCUCCUCCCCGUCCUUUUCUCUGUCAUUUUUCUCUUUUGCUUUCCGCGUUGAUCCCGAACAAGACUGUGUGGCUCGAGCCUUGCAGGAUGGAGAGCUUGCAGAAAUACGCGCACUAAAACGUGAGAUUUACCGGGUGGAGAGAGAGGAAGAGCGAGCGACAGAGCGAGAGAGAGAGAGAGAGAGACUACGUGUGCAUUGACAAAAAUGAAGAAGUUCAACAUCAGGAAGGUGUUGGACGGCUUGAAAGAGGCGUCCUCCUCCUCCUCGUCCUCCUCCGCCCCCUCAUCGUCGUCCUCCAACCCGUCGGUCCAAGUGGGGCUGCAGGAGAACCAUCUGGUCCAGGAGCAGCUCCAUUCGGAGCAUUUCCAGCUCUGUAAGACCGUCCGUCAUGGCUUCCCGUACCAGCCAUCGUCCAUGGCGUUCGACCCCGUGCAGAAGAUCCUGGCCAUCGGCACUCAAAGCGGGGCGCUCAGAUUGUUCGGUCGCCCCGGCGUGGAGUGUUACUGCCAGCACGAGAGUGGGGCGGCCGUCAUCCAGCUGCAGUUUCUCAUCAACGAGGGGGCGCUAGUGAGCGCCUUGGCUGAUGACACAGUGCACCUGUGGAACCUGAGGCAGAAGAGACCGGCUAUCCUGCACUCGCUCAAGUUCAGCAAAGAGAGGAUAACCUUCUGCCACCUGCCUUUCCAGAGCAAGUGGCUGUACAUCGGCACCGAACGGGGGAACAUCCACAUCGUCAACGUGGAAUCCUUCAUGCUCUCAGGCUACGUCAUCAUGUGGAACAAAGCCAUUGAACUGUCCUCCAAGGCUCACCCUGGACCAGUCGUUCACAUCAGUGACAACCCCAUGGAUGAGGGCAAGCUGAUAAUUGGAUUCGAGUCCGGGAUCGUGGUCCUGUGGGAUCUCAAAUCAAAGAAGGCCGACUAUCGCUACACUUAUGAUGAGGCGAUCCACUCAGUUGCUUGGCAUCACGAGGGCAAGCAGUUUGUGUGCAGUCACUCAGACGGAACUCUGACCAUAUGGAAUGUGAGAGGCCAGGGCAAGCCCAUACAGACAAUCACCCCACACGGAAAACAGCCCAAGGAUGGAAAGAAGCCAGAGCCUUGUAAACCCAUUCUCAAAGUGGAGUACAAAACCACCAGAAUUGGGGAACCCUUCAUCAUCCUGUCCGGCGGUCUGUCAUACGAUACGGCGGGCCGGCGGCCGUGCCUGACGGUCAUGCACGGCAAGAGCACGGCCGUCCUGGAAAUGGACUACCCCAUCGUAGACUUCCUCACACUGUGCGAGACGCCAUACCCCAACGACUUUCAGGAACCUUACGCUGUGGUGGUCCUUCUGGAGAAGGACUUAGUGGUGAUUGACCUUGCACAAAACGGUUACCCCAUCUUCGAGAACCCCUACCCCCUGACCAUCCACGAGUCCCCGGUAACCUGCUGUGAGUACUUUGCCGACUGCCCCGCGGACCUCAUACCAGCACUUUACUCGGUUGGCUCGCGACAGAAGCGUCAGGGCUACAGCAAAAAGGAGUGGCCCAUCAGUGGAGGAAACUGGGGUCAAGGCACCCAAAGCUACCCAGAGAUCAUCAUCACUGGGCAUGCCGAUGGAACAGUGAAGUUUUGGGAUGCCUCUGCAAUAAUGCUCCAGGUGCUCUACAAGCUGAAAACGCCCAAAGUGUUUGACCGGAGCCGCUCCAAAGAGGACAAGGGCGGCGGCGAUGCAUCCGACGAAGACCCUUUCGCCAUCCAGCUGAUGUCGUGGUGCGCCGAGAGCCGCAUGCUGUGCGUGGCUGGCGUGUCGGCCAACAUCAUCGUCUACCGCUUCAGCAAACUGGAGGUCACCACGGAGGUUGUUCAGCUACUCGAGGUGCGAAUGCAGUACGAACCGAACGAUGUGGAGUCCCCUGAGGGCGGGGGUGAGCACACGUCGACGCACCACACCCCAGGCGCUUCCCCGCAGACAAGCGGGCCGCCUUCGCAUCCCUCCACCAACAGCAACAACUCCGAUGGCGGCAACACGCCCUGCCUCAAGGUGCGGAGUACACCACUAAAGCAGUCUGCUGGUUACCAGGUGGACUUGGUAGUCCAGUUGGUGUGGGUGAGCGGGGAACCUCCUCAGCAGAUUACCAGCCUGGCGCUCAAUUCCUCCUACGGCCUCGUGGUGUUUGGCAACAUCAACGGUGUCGCGGUCGUGGACUAUAUACAGAAGACGGUGGUGUUGAACCUGGGAAUGCUGGAGCUGUACGGGUCCAACGACCCGUACCAGAGACAACCGCGCUCACCCAGAAAGUCUCGACAGCCCUCUGGAGGACUGUGUGACAUCAACGAGGGUUCGGCCACGUCAGAGGACCGCUGCAAAUCUCCCACUUCAGUGUUGAUGUCAAACAGCAAUCUCCAGCAGUUCUACAAUGGAGGUGGUAGAGGAGCAAAGAUGUCACGGAAAUUAAGCUUGCCUACUGAGUUAAAGCCAGACUUGGUCCUCUUGUCCGUAUGCCCGCCGCGGGGUGCCAACCCACUAGACCACCGGGACAAUUCCUUCAGCCGUUCGCGCUCAUCUAGCGUCACCAGCAUCGACAAGGAGGCCAAAGAAGCUGUCCUGUCCUUCCAUUUCUGCGAGAGCUACGCCCGCAAAGGCGACGGCACCCCAUCGCCGUGCCUGUUCCUGGGCACCUCGCUGGGCGCCGUGCUGACUCUGGCCCUCACGCUGCCACCUCCUGGAGAGCAGAGGCAACUGCAGCCUGUUUUCCUCGCUCCCACAGGCGUGUUGAUCCGACUGAAGGGAAGCAUCUUGCGGUUGGCUCUCCUCGACUCGACCGGGUCCAUCUUGCCCCCCGCGUACGAGCCUUGGUUCGAACCCAACGUCUCGGCGGACGGCGAAGAACGGGAGAAGGUCCGCAAGCGUCGGCCUGUGUCGCUUUCGCCGUCCGGCUCGCAGGAUCUUAACGAGAGCCACUACGCCGUGAUGUGCUCAGAGAAGCAGGCCAAGGUCCUGUUGCUGCCCAGCCAGACGUGCAUCUACAAGCACAGUAUCACGGAGGCCUCCUUUGUUUUACGCGCAGACGUGGUCCAGAUAAGCCAAGGCGUGUGUCUGGCCUGCUUCUGCGCUAACGGCCAUAUCAUGACCCUCAGUCUGCCGGGACUGAGACCCCUCAUGGAUGUAAACUAUCUGCCUCUAACGGACAUGAGGAUAGCCAGGACCUUCUGCUUCACAAACUUGGGUCAGGCCAUGUACCUUUGCUCCCCCACUGAAAUCCAGAGGAUCACAUACAGCCAGGACACCUGUGAGAACCUACAGGAAAUGCUUGGUGAAUUAUUUACACCAGUCGAGACGCCUGAGGCCCCCAACAGGGGCUUCUUCAAAGGUCUCUUUGGGGGCGGAGCGCAGUCGCUAGACAGAGAAGAGCUAUUUGGCGAAGAAGUCGCCGGACGAGCUUCCCGGAGCCUGGCCCAGCACAUCCCGGGCCCCGGCGGCAUCGAGGGUAUGAAGGGGGCGGCGUCCGGCGUGGUGGGCGACCUGGCCCGCGCCCGGAUAGCGCUGGACGAGCGAGGGCAGAAGCUAGGCGAGCUGGAGGAGCGAACGGCCGCCAUGAUGUCUAGCGCCGACUCCUUUUCCAAGCACGCCCAUGAGAUGAUGCUGAAGUGCAAAGACAAAAAAUGGUACCAGUUCUGAUGGGCGUUGGCCAUGGCCGCCUUGGUCAUGAUGGCGACCCGCUGCUCUUUUCCGUUCAGCCAUCCACCCCAAGCCUUUCUCGGCUCUCUCUGACACUUGGGAUUUUCUUCCCUUAGCACAAUGUCCCAUACUCGUCAGACCUCACUCGGUUGUUGAGGGGGGGGAGACACAUGGAGCAAGUACAUUAUGUGUGUGUGCGUGCGAGCCCGUGCGCUCUCGUCCAUCUCUCAUUUAUGAUUUCAUUCUCAUUUUGUCAAAUCGUCCUUUGACUGAUGUCAGUAUUUAAACUUGACUAAUAGGGAACACUUGGAAAUACUGUUUAAAUGUACAAAAAAGAAAAAAAAAUCUCAAAAUAUGUCAUGAUGUAUACAUACAAAUCUAAAUGUUGCAACGCUGUACUUCACUUGAGGACGACUGCUACGGAAACAAAAAAGGAGAGGGACACAGGAAGGGACAGAAGGGACACCGCAGUGACGCCUCUAUGCAGAGAGAUUUUCUUUUGGCAUCUUGACCCCACUUGCAGACUCUUAUCUCCUUCCCCUGUAUGAAUUCAUUCCUUUCUAUUUUCUCAUCACUCCUUCUGUAUUUAUUACAGAUUGUUUGGUUUCACAGCUCUGUCAAUAUUACUGGAAAAGCUCUUAUUUUUCUAUGGUUGUGAAAGUAAGUGAUAUUUUUGUUAAAGACUUAGUUAUUUUUGCGCGUGCAUGCGUGGCUUUCGUCUCACGUUUGGGUUCUCCUUAUGAAAAGGGCUGGAAUCUACAAGGAGGGCAAGAUUAAACAAGGCAUAAUGUAGUAUCUAAUCAAGCAGAAAUCAUCCAUUGAGUAUCCCACAUUGAUUAGCCACAUUUCUCUCUAGUGUACAAAUGCUGCUAGGAUCAUUCUUUUUAAUUCUGUGUACUCCUGUCAAAAAACAUUCCACAGCUUUUACUUUUGUAAAUUUGUUUGGUGUCAGGAACAUUGAUAUUCACCCGCCCCUCCCAUCUCACAAUCAGGAUGGUUUAGCGAUGACGUGUGACAAUCUGGAACGUAUUAGUGCGUUAUACAAAUGCAAAUAUUGCGCGAAAAGGUCAUUUAUUGUUUCUGAUGCCAAAGACUUGCGUUAAGAUUAAAUUAUCAUUAAUAUGAGCCAUUCUUUUUCACUUGCAGUAUCUCAAAUAGAAGAAAUGCUGACUUUAAUAAUGUCUGUUGAUUAUAUUUUCUUAUCUUAUAUUUUAGUUGAACUAAUAUUAUUUUAUUAAGAUAAAUAGAGAAAGUGUGACAAGAAUAGAUUUGUCGUUUUGAGAAAAGUCAGAAUGUUAUGAGCAUAAAAAAAAGUGUAAAGUUGGUAAAGCCUUAUUAAGGAUAAGUCGGAAAAAAGUCUCAAAAUUUUGAGGGAGUUGUAUAAUACGAUAACCAUAAAGUAUUUUUUUUAAUUAAAAUUCUGUGGGGAUAAAAGUUGGAAUACUGAAAGAACCCAGUUUCUGAAAGUCGACAUUUUACGUGAAUAAACGAGGACAAAAGCUGUACAGUUAUGCUAAAGUUGAAAUAUAAAUGAGAUGAAAGAUUUUCAUUCAAAAAGUCAUACUGGAAUAGUAUGAGAAAAGUAUAGCAUUGAGAAAAAAAAUGUAUUUUCCCACUGAAACUCCUUUGUAACUUUACAAUCACGCUUUAAUUCACAACAUUUCUCUCCCCCCUGCCCUUUUGGUAUUCAGACGCAAUUUUUAUGUGUGUGUCCUUUGCAACGCAUUUUUCUUAUGACUGAAUCUUAUCUGAUUCAUUUUCUCAUUCAUUUCAUGAAGCUGUACUUUCCUCUUCACAACAACUCCAAAUAAGGUUGAUGGUUUUCACGUCUGUUUGCUCUUUUGUCCGUCUGUACUUUCGGAUUGUGCUCUUACGUCAUUAUUGCGUAUUGUUGAACAAUGCAAACGUCUUGCUCUGCAGUUUUGUGUCCUGCUGGGUGUGUUUCAUACCAACUUGAAUCCAACAUAUACAGCGAACCCUGCAAUACACGAGGGAUUGGUUCCAAAAAAAUUGCUUACAAUUAGCAUCCCUCCAAAAGUAAUUUUGUACUUCAAACUGACAUAAAGCAUCAACACAAUCCUCAUAGACUUUAACAGGCAGACAAAACCCCUAUUCAACCUACCAACAACGAUGACGCUAAUAUUCCACGAGGGAGCACCAAAGUAACACGCAAAUCUGCAAAUUCUAACAAUGCCUAUGAAUAUGUGAAGGUUCGCUGUAUAUGAUGAAAAGAUCAAUUAUUCAGUUCUUCCAGUGACUGUUGUAGCCACAUAGCUACGUUUCAUUAACUUUGUGUCAAUCUUCCAAGGAAAAAUAAGUGAAAUGUCGACACACAACCUGUUUCUUUCAGUACGCAGUAUUAGUCCCAUCACCAAAUACAAAAACACAAAAGCGAGAGUGGAAGACGACAACCGCAGUCACGUUACGUCCUGCAGUCGACAGUUGUGUGAGUGGGUUGCAGUAUUUUUCUCAUAGUAGCCGACUUUUUCUUGUACAGUUUUAUGCAACUUUCACUUGGAUGUUUAUGGAUCUUUCGGAUCUGCUGCCAAUCACGAGAAUUUAGGACGUAGACGAGUAACUGUGC